AUGUUAAGGAUAAGAAACUUUGUAAUUCCUGCGUCAAACAAUCGUAAAGUUCCCGGAAAGAACAAUACACAAUUAAGAUUAUCAGUCAAUUGUUAUGAAAACUUUAGAAAUGACCGUGUUAAUAAUAAUAAUGAAGGAAUUAAUAUGAUUUUAUCUCAUGCCAAUGGGUUUCAUAAAGAAAUUUGGGAGCCCAUUAUUAGAUCACUGUUUAAUAAUAACAGGUUAAAUAUUAAUAAAAUUUUCGCUUUAGAUUGUUCUAAUCAUGGUGAAAGUGCUACAUUAAAUGAAACCAUUUUACCUGAUACUUUUCAAUGGUGGGAUUAUGGUCAUGAUAUCCUUCAAGUCAUUGAUCACGCUCAAAUCAGAAAACCAAUAGUCGGCAUUGGUCAUUCAUUAGGUGGAACCGCGACGCUUAUUGCGGAAUUAAUUAGGCCUGGUACUUUCUCGUGUAUUGUUGCUAUUGAUCCAACAUUAACUCCAGCUAUUUUAAAAUUUGAUCAGUCUUCAUUAACUUUAAAAAGAAAUGAUUCCUGGGGAAAUAGAGAAGCUGCGAAAGAAUCAUUUCUUAAACGCUCAUUUUUCAAAAGGUGGGAUUCUGAAGUAUUGGAUUUCUACGUUGAAUUUGGAUUACGCGAUUUGCAUAAUGGACAAGUCGCGCUCAAAUGUCCCAAGUUACAAGAAUACUACACAUUUUCGCAUGAUGUUCAUGGGAUAUUUAAAGCAUUUGAUCGAUUACACGAAAUCGAAUGUCCAAUAUUAUUUAUAACCGGUGAAAAUUCCGAAAUUAACUCAAAAGAGUGGGCUUCACUUAAACAAUCACGAACUCAACGCGGUGAAUGGCAUGAAAUUUCUGAUUGUGGUCAUUUGGUGAUAAUGGAAAAACCAGAAUUGACGAUCUCUCCUAUCGAAUCGUUCGUUCAUAAGCAUCUGGUUGAAUUAAAGGACAUUCCAACAAUGCCUAAUAAUCCAUCUAGAAUUGAUGAAUAUACAGGGUUUAUAAUCCCUUCUAAGUUAUAA